CAUUGCUACAAGAGGCUGUGAAGUCAACAACUACAAUGAGGGAGGAACAUGAGCGUGCAUGGAAACACUAUGGUUGCACACUCAUGUCUGAUGGAUGGUCUGAUAGGAGGGGACGCCAUCUCAUUAACUUCUUAGUGAACAGCCCAGAGGGCACUUACUUUUUAGAGUCCGUUGAUGCAUCUAGUGAAGUACAUGAUGCAUACAUGCUUGCUGAUUUGCUUGAGAAAAAAGUUGAUGAGAUUGGGAGAGACAAGGUUGUACAAGUUGUUACUGAUAAUGGUGCCAAUUACAAAGCUGCAGGCAAGCUUCUAAUGGAUAGGAUUCCUACAUUAUUUUGGAGUCCAUGUGCUGCACAUUGCUUGGACCUAAUGUUGGAGGACAUAGGAAACUUGAAGGAAUUCAAGAAACCAAUUGCACGUGCAAGGCGUGUGACAACUUUCAUAUACCGACAUGGGAGAAUUCUUGCUGCCAUGAGAGAGAAAACUGGUGGGGCUGAUCUUGUGAGGCCUGCCGCCACUCGUUUUGCUACUUCCUUUCUCACAUUGAAGAGCUUGUACAAGCACAAGGAUGCUUUGAAGGCUUUAUUUGCAAGCACAGCUUGGACUGAUAACAGGUUGUCAAAGACAAGUGCUGGAUUGGAUGUGUAUAACAUUGUCUUCUCCACACAGUUUUGGAAUUCAGUAGAAGAUUGCCUUAGAGCUUCAGGGCCACUACUUAUUGUACUUAGGGUGGUAGAUGGAGAUGAGAGGCCAGCUAUGCCAGAGGUCCAAGCAUUGAUGAAAUGUGCAAAGGAAAAGAUCAAUCAAAGCUUUGCUGUCCAAAGCAAGAAGAAUUUACUCAAGAAAAUCAUAACUAUAAUUGAACGGCGUUGGGAGAAACAGAUGGAUCACCCAUUGUAUGGGGCUGCAAUGUAUUUGAACCCAGGAAAGCUGCAUCCUCUCAUAAGAAAUGAUGAUGAUGCUACUGUUGGUCAGCUAAGAGGUUGCUUUCUUGAUGUGCUUGCAAGAAUGGUAGAUGAUGAGGAAACUAGAGACAAGAUCAAUUCUCAAGCAAUGGACUACGAGUUUCUUAGAGGAGCAGCUUUUUCAAAUAAGAUGGCCAAAGAUAACCUACAAACUAUGACCCCACGUAAGUGUUUGUGGCUGUUACUAGUUUACUACUUACUAGUUGUUGCUAGUAGCUUGCUAAAUUGUUGUGAUGUUAUUGCAGUUGAGUGGUGGCGUUCGUAUGGUGGUCGUGCUAUUGAGUUACAGAGAUUUGCUAGACGUUUGGUGAGUCUUUGUGCGUCUUCAUCAGGUUGUGAACGCAAUUGGAGUACCUUUGAAUUUAUCCAUACAAAGAAAAGAAACCGAUUGUUGCAUAAGAGGUUGAAUUCUAUUGUCUUCAUUUCCUACAACAGAAAGAUGAAAGCUAGGUUCCAAAAACUACGCCAGAAGAAGGGGAAAAACUUUGAUCCAUUGGUUCAUGAGGACUUCAACUGGGACAAUGAGUGGGCUGAUUCUUUGCAUGUAGUCCCUGAAGGUGGGCGUGGGUGUGAGUGUGGCCUUACAUGGGACCUUGUGGAUAAUGCCAUUGGAGCAUCGCAAGCACUUCGUGGCCGAAACUUACCAAGAAGGGCCCAUAAUGUGUAUUCAAGAAGAAAUUCUGUUGCUGCACAAAACAUGUCAGAGGCUGAAGAGGAAGAUGAAGAUGAAGAUGAAGAUGUUCCACAUGACGAUGCAGAAAUCACAGAUUGUGAAGAUGAAUCUAAUGGUGGCAAUGAUGGUGAAGAAGGGGAGGCACCCAAUAUCCCAGGAGAGUUUGAUGAUGAUUUUUGAGCGACGGGAGACAGGGAGAGUAGCUAUUGCUAGAUUGCAUUAGCAAUUUAGCAUAUUUGCUGCAUUACUAACUGCAGCUAGUUACUAUUAAUUAUGCCAUUACAAACUAUCUAUGUGGCUAUUUCAGAUUUGGACAUUUGGUAUUGUGUUGUUUUAAAUUUUGUGACUUGUUGUUGUUCCUUUAGAAACUACUUUGUGGCUAUUUCAUAUCCAUUAUUAUGCUAUUGUGAA